AUGGGAAGCAGAGAUGGCAGACAACGGGAGGCUUCAAUUCAUGACAAUGGUUGUGCUGAUGAUGACAUUAAUCUUCAUAACUUAUCCCCCUCCAAUAAAAGCUCCGAUUCCGGAAUCUACGGCGCGGUGUUUAACUUAACCACAACCGUAAUUGGCGCCGGAAUCAUGGCAUUACCCGCCACCAUGAAAGUCCUUGGCUUGGUCACCGGAAUUGUUCUGAUUCUGUUGAUGGGGAUUUUGUCAGAAAUCAGUGUUGAGUUACUCAUUCGUUUUUCCGUUCAAUGCAAAGCCACAUCCUACGGGGAGGUUGUGGAACAAGCCUUAGGUUCACCAGCAAGAAUCUUGUCUGAAAUUUGUAUCGUUUUGAACAACGCCGGUGUUUUGGUGGUUUAUCUGAUCAUCAUGGGGGACGUGAUGUCAGGCUCUCCCCGACAUUCCGGGGUUUUCAUUCAAUGGUUUGGAGCAAAUGGGUUCUGGGAGAAUAGAAGACUCAUCAUCUUGAUCGCUUUGGUCGUGCUUCUUGCACCACUAUGUGCAUUGGACAGAAUUGAAUCUUUAAGUGUAACUUCAGCCGCAUCUGUAGUUCUUGCUAUCAUUUUCGUGAUUGUUGCUUGUGUUGUUGCGUUUAUUAUGGUGAUCGAAGGUAAAACCGACCCGCCAAGACUGAUUCCGGAUUUCAGUUCCGAACAAGCGAUUCUUGAUCUUUUAGUUGUGAUCCCGAUCAUGUCGAAUGCGUAUGUUUGUCACUUCAAUGUUCAACCGAUUUACAAUGAACUCGAAGGUCGUUCGCCUCAAAAGAUGAACAAAGUUGGGAGGCUCACGACUGUGAUAUGUGUUUUCAUCUACUGGUCGACUGCAGUAGCAGGCUACCUUCUUUUCGGGAACAACACAGAAGCAGACGUUCUUACGAAUUUUGAUAAGCCUCUUGCGAUUCGGUUUAGCGAAGGUUUGAGUUACAUUGUUCGUGUGGGAUACAUUUUCCAUUUGAUUCUGGUGUUCCCUGUGAUUCAUUUUUCGUUAAGGCAGACGGUUGAUGCGUUGGUUUUUAAAGGAGCAAAGCCGUUGUCCAAGAGCAGGAAGAGGUGUUUGGGGUUGACUUGUGUGCUUUUGAUGCUUAUAUACAUGGCAUCCACGAUGAUUCCGAGUAUAUGGACUGCUUUUAAGUUCACAGGUGCAACCACGGCUGUGUCGUUGGGGUUCACUUUUCCGGCUCUUAUCGCGCUGCGAUUGGGGGGUGGGUCGAAUGGUCUGAGCAGCCAAGAGAGGUUGUUCUCAUGGGUGAUGUUGGUCCUAGCCAUCAUGGUUAGCAUCGUUGGGGUUGUUAGCAACAUUUAUAGCAUGCAAGAGUAG